AUGUCGGAUUAUGAAGACACACCAGAGUACCCACGAGAUCAACAAUUAACGCCAAAGAAAAAAAGACAAUUAAGAAAUGAAUGUUCCAAAGAUGAAAGGCAGAAACAUCGAAAGCAGCAAUAUCGUGAUGAGUGGGAAAUGGACCCUAAAUACAAAAACUGGUUAAGACCAGAAAAAGAUGACAAAUUUCGAGGUAAAUGCAUACAAUGUCAAGUUAGUUUUUCGUCCGAACUAAGUUGUAUAAAAAAACAUUUAGCGAGUAAAAUUCAUACUAAGUCGUCUAUCAGUAAUUCUAUUUCCACAAAAUCAAUUAUGUCCACGUUUUUAUCAACUUCCAAAGAUCCAUUAGAUAAACAAGUAAAAAAUGCAGAAAUUAAAUUAGCUGCCAUGUUAGCAGAGCAUAAUGCUGCUUUCUUGUUUAUUGACCAUUUGGUACCAGUACUAAAAGAAAUAUUUCCUGAUUCUUUGAUUUGUCAAAGAAUUCAGUUAAAACGCACAAAGGCUACAAACAUAAUUAAAAAUGUUAUCGCUCCUUCGGAAAAAGUAGCAUUAAGUACAAAAUUGAAAAAUGUUAAAUUUUCAGUAUUAAUUGACGAGUCAACUGACAUAGCAUGUCAAUCUACCAUGUGUGUAGUUGUAAGAUAUUAUGACAUCGACUCGAAAAUGAUUGUUACUCGGUUCUGGGAUUUAAUACAAGUUUAUGACAUAAAGGAUCCUGAUAACAUUGAUAAAGGAGCUACUGCACAAAACCUUUGA